AUGGAGGACGCUGUUAGAGACAUGACGGCCCGGAGCGAGACGACGCUCAAGACGAUCUGCUUCGGCGCUCACCUCCUCUGGAGACUCCGCUGCGAGCACCCCAUUGACCGUGGCUCAUCUCCCGAGGACUGGCGCUUCCCGACGGAUGGAAGGCAGCUAUUAGCCUCCGUCAUCAUCUUGACCAACAGCUCGCCCACUGUCGGUUCAAACACAAAGCUCUGCCUGUGCACCUUGCCACAAGCACCGGGAACGGCUCCCUCAUCGACGAAUCUGCACUCCCAGAUGACUGGCCCGAACACUCCGAGGUUUUAG